AUGCGCGACGACUUCAAGGUCUUCACCAUCGAGGACCGAGCCACGGUGCCCGCGGGUGCGACUAUCGUUACAUCCAAGUUCGUCUGGAAAACGAAACGGAACGCACUCGGCGAAGUCACUGGACACAAGGCAAGGCUGGUCGCGCAAGGCAAUCGGCAACGCGACAGCAUCGACUUCAACGAAAUGUUCGCACCGGUCGCACGCUUCUCCUCGUGCUGGCGGCCGCCAACGGCUUGCACAUGCACCAGGCGGACAUCGACAAAGCAUAUCUGCAUGGCGACCUUGACCACGACAUCUGGAUGACGGCACCGCGCGGCUUCGACCUUCCCAGCAACAAGGUGCUUCGCCUGCGACGCUCCAUCUACGGGCUCAAACAGGCUGGCCGAAUCUGGAAUCGACACAUCGACGCUUCGCUUCGGGCCCUCGGUUACACGGCGACGGGCACCGACCACUGCGUAUACUCUCGGCUCGAUGAUCGUCAACGUCCACACUACAUCGCACUGUACGUCGACGACCUCCUGAUGAUCAGCCCGGACCUGGCCGAAAUCGAACGUGUCAUCUCUGUUGAAUUUCAUUCUACUACAAGCCUUCGAACACUUCAACCUCGCGCCACCAUUUGUCAGGCCUGCCCAUUUUCUCGCCUCGAGCGCCCUUUCGCCUCGGCGCAUUCUCGCCUCGGGCGCCUUUCGCCUUCGCAGCUAAGCCGCCCCCUUGUCUCCGCCUCCGUGCCUGCCUGCUCAACUCACGCUCGCGCGCCGCCGCCUCCACGCCGGGACUUAGUCAGUCUGCACUCUCCAGCUUUGCCAAGCCAACGCCUCCGCCUCGCCACAGCCAGUUUGCCACCGCCGACCUCAUGAUCCAUCGGCCAUUCAGAACAUCGCCCAUUCAUGAUGCCCAUCGUUUGCAACCUGGAACUUGUCGUUACGGAUCACCUCACUGAGCAACACUGGAUCAUGUAGAUAAGUUUCCCUCGCGUUUGUCGUCCAACAUGACAUCUCUCAGAACCUCGAUGGCCCACUUGGAGUUUGGCCCUUAGGGCUAUGAGACGUUCACCACUACUGUCAGGAGAGGUUGAGAGUCGAACAGAAGUGAUCUAUUUCAGCGUACCUAUGAGACGUUCACCACUACUGUCAGGAGAGGUUGAGAGUCGAACAGAAGUGAUGAGAAGGAAGCUAAGAAACAGAAAGGGGGGGGCCACGCUUGUUGAACUUCGCUCCAUCUCACUUCUAGGACAAUAUGCGCUCACUGAAGUAGAGGUGCCUCGCCUUUUGGUGCAGUGGUAUAUUGUUCCUUCAUAGGUUAUGAGCCCAGAGCAACCAGCAGGUCAUGAGUUCAAUCCCCCCUGGGGUCAGGCAAUUUUGCGCGCAUACACUCAGCGUCCCGGCCCCCGCACUUGCCCAGCAGCGUGCCAAGCACCCUGGCGCAUCGACAGUGCUCACAGUGCCCAAGCUGCACUUGCCCAAGCGACCUGAUCAACAUGCCCAGUUGCCUCACAAGCCGCACCCACUGCCACAAGCUCUUCAGCUUCGCGCACAGGGGGGUGUUGAACUUCGCUCCAUCUCACUUCUAGGACAAUAUGCGCUCACUGAAGUAGAGGUGCCUCGCCUUUUGGUGCAGUGGUAUAUUGUUCCUUCAUAA